AUUUCUGUGCGAUCGAAUAUCCAUGGAUUUCUUUUUACCAGACCGCUUGGUGUGCCAUGGGAUGGUCAACUGCACGUCCACUGAUGGAGUUAUUGACGGUGACCCUGAUAUUGCAGGAAUUGGUUUAAUUAUUGCAUUCAUUGCGGCAUCUUUGAUCACCUUCAUUUCCGUUAUCCUAGGCUACGUCACCUACUCGAUUGACGAAGAGCAGCUAAAUUAUGUCGACUCUCUCGUCAUUCCACAUAUCAGGUGGUUGCUUCACAUGGGAGCGGGUGAUACAAUCAGUGUUGCGACGAAGAAAUUGAGAACCGAGACGAUGACCCAAUUCAUACUUGCUCUAAGUGAUCAACAACUUGUGACAGGACUUGCAAUUCUGAUCACUGGCUACGCUCAACGAUGUACGAUAUCAGGUCAUCAUUUCCAGCUGAUCGCAAAUCUGGCUUGGUUCUCCUCUACCACGCAUCUAUCGACACUUGCAGUACUACAGAAGUAUUUGAUUCGCCAUCCAGUGAUAAAACACAUACGAGUGGUCUGCAUUUUUGCUGUUCUGGGUUUACUUUUUCACGCUCAACUGUACGUUCAAUGGGCUGUCUUUGCGUCAUUGCCCAUCCAAUGCACUUUUGCUUCCAACAUUUUCGGAAUUGGAGGCGGCUCGGUACUGGCGGCGUACAAUUACAUAUCGUGGUUCGCUAUUGUGCUCUUCUUAUUCGUGGCAUAUGCAAUCAGACUCAUUCGUCUGUAUGCCAACCCACCUAUAACUUCGAUACGAACUUUGUUUGAGGACCUUGUCCGUCGCGUACUAGAUCUACCACCCCUGAAGACACCAGAGCAAAUUUUCCUGCUUUCUUUGAAAAGAUUUGAAGAUAUGGAGAACACAGUAAGGCGACAACAUCGUUGGCAGAUGGGCCGUGUCAGGCUAGCGCGCGUCCGCUAUGUCCUGAACAUGUUUCAUGGACUCGUUCUGGUGGCAAAUAACUUGGAUGUUCUUUGGGAAUUCUUUUGGAUUGUUGCAACUAUGUCGGACUCGCUUUGGGCCCUCUCUGGGUACAGAAGGCCUUCAUAUCAGAGGAUCGGAGAACACAUGGGGGUUUGGUCAGCUUGUAGCCCUCUUGCUCAUGAUCCUACCAUUGCUUGCAGCGGUUGAGGCAUUUGAUGCUCUCAAGACUUCAAUUGCAACUGAGGGCUCACAACCAGUAACCAGCCAAAGCAUUCAGGCAGACAGCAAUCUUUCUGCAACUUUGUUCCACACAUCAGGGACUCGAACUACUAUUAUUCCGGCUCUAGAGGUCCAGGAAUUUCUCGCAACUCACGAUAUGGACGACAUAGGCGUCAUUUGGGCAGCUUUUCUUGUCGUGUGGGCCAUUCUUGGGCCUUUUAUAUACUUUGCUGGAUGGCAAAAUGUCAGCACCUUUCCUUCGUUGGCUGCUGUGAUUGCUAUCAUAGUUGGUGUUGGUACUUUAACCUUUUUUUAUAUUUACGUCAACUUAGAAGAGAUAAUCAGUGAUAUUUUAGCACAGAUGAAGGAGAAGCGCCAAAUGAGAGCAGUUAUUACUACGGAAGAACUACAUUUAAGGGCAAGAGAAGCAGGAUUGUAGGAUUACUAUAACGCCGACACCCUUGCUCCUUCUCUUCUGUGUAGUUUGUUCGUUAAAACGGAAAAUGAGACACCAAGAAGCUGCCUCAAGGUCCUUUGCUUUUUGAUUCUGGAGAUACAUGCUGUGCCCAUACGGCAUUGGUCACACUUCAAAUCCAGGUGGUUCUCCUUAUCAAGAGUGCAACCAGU